AUGGAUUCCGAAGAGGGCAAACCAGGCACUGUUGUGUGGGCCAAGCUGGCUGGCUUCGCCUUGUGGCCCGCACGGCCAUGGGACGAAAACUAUGAGAGGAAUAUCAAGGGGAGCAAGGCCAAAGCCUUCGCCAAGGGCCUCAAAGAAGCCAGACAGUGGCUAACCGCGCGCAAACACGUCUUCCCGGUCUAUCAAGUCACCUCGGGAGACGACGAAGACAGCAGCGAAAGCGAGAGCGAAAGUGCCAGCGGCGGCGGCAGCAGCAGCGACGAGGAGCAGUUGACAUCGAAGAGGGGAUCCACGAAAACGGAAUUCAAGCGGCGGACGGCGAAAGGAAAGCAAGCCAUCAGCAACCGAAAGGGACGAGAUGGCGAAAGCGGCAGGGGGAAGCUGGCGAAGAAGGACGAGGCAAGCGAAGGAGAUGCCGAAAGUAGACGAAAUGCCAAGAGGCGCAGGCUGGAGCAGCGUCAAACUGAGCGACAGGCCCGUGACAGCGAUCCCGAGGCGAUGAAACGAAGAGUCAAGCGGCACGCCAUCCAGCGACGGCUGGGUCUUUGCCCUCCCGCUGGCGUACGCGAGAUCGUACUCCUACAACGCGAGCGGAAGACACGGGAGGAGGAGAAGGACGCUGCCGCCGCCACAGAGAAGGAAAAGCGCGCGAAGCAAAAAGUAAAGGAGGAGAGAAAGGAAGAGGAAAAGAAGAAGAAAAAGAAAGAGAAGAAAGAGCGCGGAAAGGACGACAAAAGGAAAGACAGGACAGGAAAGAGGGACACCAAGAAGAGGAAACGGGACAAGGACCUUGGAGACAAGAAGGAGCGCCCAACCAAGGUGUCACGCAAAAAGGAGAGCACUGAAGAAGGGAAGCACGGCCAAGCCAGUGAUGACGUGCCUUAG